AUGUCGAAGGCAACUCGCUCAUGUUUUGAAGAUUUGGCGAAUGAACUUCUACUCGAAAUCUUCGAUUAUCUUGACUGGAUCAAUCUGUUUUCAGCUUUUUAUGGUCUGACCAAACGAAUUAAUCAUCUCGUGACAUGUAUUAACACUUUAUCCAUUUAUUCGAAUUAUUUGAUCAAUCAGUCCAAUAUUGUCUAUCUUUGUUUUCAGGAGUUUCCUUUGACAGAAUUCAAACAAAUUCAACAUUUCAAACUACUCUACGAUAAUCCGUAUGACGAAUCAUUAAAUAUUGCCAAAUAUUUCUCUUCAUUUCGAACGCUGAUCUCAUUACAUAUUGAUGCGAAUGUCAUUGAAGAUGGUAACUGUACUAACGAAUUCUUGGAGAUCAUUUUCCAUCAAAACUGUCCUUUUCUUCAACGAUUGUAUUUGCAUGGAAAUGUCUUUGACCAAGAUUUAAAAAGUAUACAAGGUGUUUCAAUUCAACUCUUAGAUCAAUGCAGUCGACUUCAUUCUUUUUCUGCCAUGCUUUACGACUAUCCAACUGAAGAAAAUGUAACAGCGCUAGCUAGUCAAAUGCCAGAAUCAAUUCGAGUGGGUCUGCCAACCUUGACGAACCUUAGUCUGGGAGAAAAGAAUCGCUUUCACAAAGAAUCAACCAGUACAUUUCUCGAAUUUCUUUUACCUCGUUGUCCGAAUCUACGCACAUUUCAUUUCGAUAUCCAUUGCAACGACAAUGGGGAUUGCGAGAAAAUACUUCAUCCUGAUUGGUGGAAAUAUGCGCUUCGGUCGAAUAGUCAUCUAGCUCACAUUGAUUUUCGCCUGUCGUGGUGGACGAGGCACAUUAUACACAAUGGUUAUGAAAAAAUUCAACGUUUUCGAGAGUCGCCGUUUUUCAAUCAACUUAAUACCACUAUGACACAUACAUUUAAUAGCGAAUUUAUGCGCUCGAUGGACUACGAGCUGUUCAUCAAAAACUGA